AUGACAUACCAACCAACCAACCAACCAACCAACCCGAGCCUCCUUGACAUGUAUGCUAUGGAUCGCACACCAUUGCGGUCAUCAUCACAUCCACGCUCUGCGAGCAACACUGCAUAUCGAGAUCCUAGAUCGCGGCGCAACUCAGCCAGCGGCAGCGGCAUCAAUUCCGAGAACUCUAUGCUGCAUGCUCCUGAAUUCCCAGAAUCAUUGUAUUCGCCAGGCCAAGCUCGUCAGGAUCUGGGUUCGAAUCCCGAGGAAAACGCGGUCAAGUUCAAAAGAAAGCAUCUCAGCACCAUGGUCGCUUCCGGCGCACACAGGUUAGCUCAAGUGCGAAACCCUUCCAAAACAUUGGAUCUCUCGAGGUUCGAUCCACAAGGACGAUACCCCAAAGCUCACGCCGAGCCUAGUCUCUCAAUGGCACGACUGAUGAUUCUCUGGAUCAUGAAAGAGCGCACCAGCUUCAUUUCAUAUUGUCCUUGUGAUGGGCCAACCAGCAGACCUCUUGUCACGAAAGGGCCGCGGGAUAACACCGAUCAAACGUCUGUCUCUUCAGAAGACUUCCACGUUCGGACUGCCAUGAGCGGAGACGCAAAGCCCUUUCCGAACAGGAGUGAAGGAUUGGAAUCAAGUGCUUGUGUCUUACACUUCUUGUUUUGCGCCUUUGUGCCAAUACCGGCUUCACGACCUACUUCCGAGAUGGUGCCUGACAGGCCCAAGGUAAAUCCCAUCAGAAAUGCCAUGCGAGAUAAGCCGUUUCACUUCAAUGCACCAUUGUGA